AGCGAAAUUGAUACGACCACAAACUCUUUCCCUCUCCCCUUUCUCCUCUCUUGAGUCAGUCCAAAGUAAAGUGAAAAUGAGCGACGACGCCAGGAGAAUUGCGGCUGGCCAAGCUCUUAUUGUCAAGCCAAUCUCCCAAGAUCGGAAGCCUUCCUUGCUACCGCCUUCUCAGCCACCAAAGAAAGUGAUCGUUAAGAGCGCCGAUAUGAAGGAAGAGAUGCAAAAGGAGGCCAUCGAUAUUGCAAUCGCGACUUUCGAGAAGCACAACGUGGAAAAGGACGUCGCCGAGCAAAUUAAGAAAGAGUUCGACCGGAAGUAUGGCCCAACUUGGCAUUGUAUCGUCGGAAAAAAUUUCGGUUCUUACGUGACACACGAGACAAAUCACUUUGUGUACUUCUAUUUGGACUCGAAAGCUAUACUUCUAUUCAAAUCAGGCUGAGCAUUGUGAUGUUUAUGGAGGGAUGGGGGAGGGAGCAAUGAUGAAUGAUGAUGAUGAUGACAAUAACAUUACAAUCUGGAAUGUGUUUGUGAUUAGUCGAUCAAUCAAGCCUGCUGAUCUCUAGAUCUCUGGUAAAUUGAUGAUCUCUGUGUUUUAUGAUGGUAGUAUUUGGUUUAAAAGGGGAUUGGUUUGAUGACCUUAAUGGCUAGAUUCUUUCUCUCUGUUUCUUGCUUAGCUUUAGUUCUCAUGUCUAUAUUGUUGCUAUCUAUCUAUGGGAAAAUAUUUUCGAAUCCUCUAUUUAUCUAAUUCAUCAGAUUGAUUUAUUUGUGUA